CACCAACCCGCAUUACCUAUUUAUUAUUAUUAUUAAUAAACAAAAAACAAAAAAAAAAAACCAGAUCAUACUCCAGCAUAGGAAUUCUGAACGGCCAUUUCUCCUUAAAUAAGCGCCAACUCCCCAAAUCCCUUUGCUGAUUCUUCUGCUAAUCACUGUUUCCUAUUGAUAUGAGAGGAAUCCAUUACUUGUCAAAGCUGAAAGCUGCAAAUAUCCCUCCCGAAUUGCUAGAAAAAGGCCAAAAUCGGGUCAUCGAUGCUUCUCUCACGCUUAUUCGCGAGCGCGCUAAGCUUAAGGGAGAACUCUUACGCGCAUUAGGAGGUGUUAAAGCAUCUGCAACGCUUCUUGGAGUUCCUUUGGGACAUAAUUCAUCGUUUCUUCAAGGACCGGCGUUUGCUCCUCCGCGUAUUAGAGAGGCCAUUUGGUGUGGCAGCACGAAUUCGAGCACCGAAGAAGGUAAAGAAUUAAACGAUCCGCGGGUGCUAACUGAUGUUGGUGAUGUUCCGGUUCAAGAAAUACGAGAUUGUGGUGUGGAUGAUGAUAGACUGAUGAAUGUUAUUAGUGAAUCGGUCAAGCUAGUAAUGGAAGAGGACCCAUUGCACCCGUUAGUCUUAGGUGGUGACCACUCAAUAUCUUUUCCUGUGGUAAGAGCUGUCUCUGAGAAGCUUGGGGGACCUGUAGAUAUUCUUCAUCUAGAUGCCCAUCCUGACAUCUAUCAUUGCUUUGAAGGAAAUAAGUAUUCUCAUGCUUCUUCGUUUGCCCGAAUCAUGGAAGGUGGUUAUGCUCGGCGGCUUUUGCAAGUGGGUAUCAGAUCAAUAACAAAAGAAGGGCGUGAGCAAGGCAAACGGUUUGGAGUAGAGCAAUAUGAAAUGCAAACCUUCUCAAGGGAUCGGCAGAUGUUGGAAAAUCUGAAACUAGGGGAGGGUGUAAAAGGUGUGUAUAUCUCAAUUGAUGUGGACUGCCUUGAUCCUGCCUUUGCUCCUGGUGUAUCUCAUAUUGAGCCUGGUGGUCUUUCUUUCCGUGAUGUUCUCAACAUUCUCCACAACCUUCAAGCUGAUGUUGUUGCAGCAGAUGUGGUUGAAUUCAAUCCGCAACGUGACACUGUUGAUGGAAUGACUGGAAUGGUUGCUGCUAAGCUGGUAAGGGAACUGGCAGCAAAAAUUUCAAAAUGAUGUUACAGUUCCCUAUUGAGAUGUUCCAAAGCUAAUAAGUCCUUGCUCUCAACUCAUAAAGUUUGAGCAAGUGGCCCCAAGAUUCCAUCACACAAAAUUUUCCACCCUCUUUUCAAAGGCAUCACCGGAGGAAUUGCUGAACACUGACCUUCAAGUGAGAUAUCUGUCUCUUGUCACUCUAGUUCUCUGGUUGCUACAAAAUUUUGGUAAUAAUUAUUUUGUAUUCCACACCAGGCGUAUUGUUGUUCCUCUUCUCAUGAUUGAAAGUAAAAGAAGACUAAUAUUUUCGAGUUCAA